AUGAAUAUAAAUGAAUCAAAUCUAUCUCAGACUUUAUUAUUACCUCAACAACCGUUGAGUACAAUGUCUGAAAGUGUCCCACUUUCUGAACAAAACAAUAAAUUACAACGAGCAACUCAACAGUUGAUCACACAAUUAAAUAAAUUUCAAGAUUUAUCUGUUUCUGGAGAUGAUUAUGCAAAUUAUCAAUGUUUAGAAUCUUUAUUAGGACAAGCCUCUAGGCAGCCACUAGCACCAGCUCCUUCAGUUCAAAUGGAAAAUGUUCUUUGUACAGAUCCUUCUGGAACCAGAUCAUCUUUUCCAAAUGAAUCCCUGUAUAUGUCUUCUAAACUUCCUGCCCAAAUUCUUGGAAAUACUCGAACUUCUACUGCACCAACUAGUCUUUCUGGUCAAGCUGAAUUCGAAACGGCUUAUUCAAAUUUAGAUUCACAUUCUUUUGGAACGUCAAAAACGUUAUCAGAUCGCUUUGGAGAUUUUCUAACUUUACCAAGUGAAAGAUGUUUAUCGACCUCUCAGGCUCCAAGUCAUCCUUCACAAUCUUCUACAUACGAUUGGGAUAAUUCGAAUACUCCGUCUAGAACAGUGAAUUUGCAAAAUGUUGAUCGUAUCCCAAAAUCUGGUAACCUUAAUGGAUUAUUCAUUUUGCAUGUUAUUGCAGGCAAAGGUUUAAAUUCUACACACAUUAUUGUCAGAGAUCUUUACUGUGUCAUCGAAAUGGACUCUGUACGUAAGGCGCGUUCCAUGAUACGUACUAGUACAAGUUAUUUUGAAUGGAAUGAGGUAUUUGAACUUGAUAUGGAAGAUAAUAGAUUUUUAGCUGUCUUACUUUAUCAGUGGGACCCACGUACCAAGCAUCGUUUAUGCUUUUAUGGCGGAAUUGAUUUGAAAAAUUUGCUUGGUAAAUUAACAUCAAGUAAUAUAGCAUCAACAUCCCAUACUUCAACUAGUGAACUUAUUCUCAGCCCUUCUGUAUCAAUUUCACCCAAAAAUGUUUAUAAAAUUGCCCUACAGCUUGAACCAAGAGGUGUAUUAUACCUGGAACUUGCACAUAUACCAUUGGAAAAAUUAUUUCAUCGUAAUCAACAUUUGUUAAGCACAAGUGCGUUGAGCUCAACUAGUGCUGAUCGAUUGUUAUUUGGUGUAUCGAUCGACGAAUUGAUUGAGCGUGAACGUGUUAUAUGCCAAAUUACUGAAUUGUAUUCCCCAAAACAAUUAGUUUAUCAAAAUACAUCUGAUUACAUGUUUAUACCACUAUUUAUUAAGAAAUGUGUUGAAGAAAUUGACAAACGUGGAUCAGACGUUGUUGGUGUUUAUCGUUUAGCCGGUUCUGUAUGGAUGAAAUUACAAGUACGUGAAUUAUUUAAUCGUGUUACAAAGUCUACACUGAAAGCUAUAGUUCAUGAAGAUGCUAAAGCUAUUAGGGAUAUUAUACAAUUAGUGGAUUUAUCAGCCCAGCGUAUUCCAGAUAUUCAUGCUAUUACUGCUGUAUUUAAAGAUUUUCUACGAGAAUUACCAGAACCCUUAUUCACUAGUGCAUUAUAUCCAAUGUUUUAUGAUGCCAUGCAAAUAGCAUUGCCUGGAUUUACACAAAGUGGCGCAAAACUUGUAUUGAAUAUUUUAGACUGCCUACCAGCAAAUAAUCAGGAAAUCCUUUUGUAUCUCUUGGAUCAUUUUAAACGAUUGACAAAUAAUUGUGAAGUGAAUAAAAUGGAUACACAAAAUCUAGCAACUUGUCUUGCUCCUAUCCUAUUCUAUCCUUCACCAAGUUCUGCAAGGAAUCUUGAUCCAAAUAUCUUGGAACCUAGAAAAAUGGCCGAAAUAUUUAAAUUUAUUUUAGAAAUCUGGCCAGAUGACCGUUCAAAGUCGUAUAAAUUUAACCCUGCAGAAUCUUGGACUUCACCCUAUUCUUCAAACCCUCCAGUGCCAGAAGAUCAACACCCAACUGGAUUUCACCCCCAACAACAACAACAUCAUCAUCAUCAUCUUAAACAUCGAUACGAUCAAUCCAGUCAUCGAGCAUCAAGUGCCAUUAGAUCGACAAUAUCCGGACCAGCUGGAACUGGACUGGGCUAUCGAUCCCCACACACGGUACAAAGAUCUAGCAUUCUAGCCAGUAAGGCCGAAUCAGAUAAAUCAGAUUAUGCAGGAAUAGGUAGAAGUGGAACUGUGAAAUACGGAAAUGGAUCUAAUGGUUCAUCAAGACAAGUAGUUGGUCAAGAAGGACAUCGGAGAACUAGUAGAGAUCCUCGACAAACUGUCAGUUUCGGUAAUGCAAAAACUAUACGAACACAUUCAGCUCAAAGAAAAACGUUAUCUCAAACAGAUAUAACUUUGGGUAGCGCCAGAGAGUAUACAGUAGGCUUUGAUUUUCGAGACCAACAGGUGAUGCUUCCAAGUGAUGAAUCAAACAUGCGUGUACAUCCACGUUUUCAAGAUAUACCAACAACCGGAUCUACUGGAACAGAUAGUGGAACACGCUCAAGCUUAUCAGUUGGUUCAAGACAACCCUGUCCUCCAUCACAUGCUAGCUCAUCAGUUGAUAGAAGUGAGCUCAACAGAAGCUCUAGCCAGGAACGUCAGAAUUACGGGCGAACUCAAAGAUUCUCUAGACGUUCACAUCCUUUUAGUUAA